CGCGGUCUAACAUCCUUCGUAUGCAAGGCCGCUCAUCUAUCAGUCCUCCCGCAAGCGGUGUUACAGACCCUCUUCGAAAAUCACGUAAAUAGCCUUAAGGUUUUACACGGGUUUGCCACCGGAUUCUCCUUCGGCGCAGACGUCUUGCCCUUCUUUGGGGCACUCGACAACAUUGAGUGCUUGACGACCGGUCCAACCUCACUACCUAGUCAUGCACCGUCAUGUGCAGCGAUAGUCGAAGGAUUAUUGUCGAAGUCACAAAAACGCCUGUUUCCGAAACUGCGCAGCCUUUACACGCCCAUGGUGGAAAACCACAACGUGCUAUUUGACCUGUUGGUCCAGUGCGAGCUUCCCAGCUUACGCCACCUUCAGGUAUCAAGCUGGGAUCGUAACUCGCUCCGCCUUUUCCUGACGCAACAUGGGUCCAAGCUGAAUUAUCUCGAGCUGAAAUAUUCGUGGACGGAGGAGACGCUCGCCAAUAAGUUCAUCCACGCACGACCCCCCAAGAACGAGCCACCGGUGUUAUUAAGCUUGAUCUCACUCUGUCCGAAUCUGGAAGAGUUGACUCUGCAUGAUGGCUAUUCGUUUGGUCUUGUCGGGCAAGCGGGACCAGCUUGGGCGCAUCCCCGACUUCGUACUAUCCGAAUGGGUUGCAGCUCCUUGGAAGGAUCAUGGGCAUUCCCAGAACAUCAGCCGGAACCAGCCUCAUGGUGUCUCACCACACGCAGGACAGUCCAAUGCAGCACCGAGGUCUUGCAGAAGUCGGAUUGGCGGCGCAUACUGCCCAAGCUGGAGAGGUUUGUGGUUUGGCCACCGACGAGGCCCAUCCUCCCUGACGAGGAAGAUGUCGACGGGGACGUACAUGACGCAACACUCCGCGCGAUGAGCGGCUGGCAGGUAGUAGAUUAUUGGAACAGUUUCCUGCCGGCUCAAAAUCUCCGUGUCGACGUACAGAGCCUUCUGAUACAGGACUCGAGACUGCCCCGAUAGACAGCGACAACAGAGGGGCACGAAAUCUAUCACAGGUCAUAGGCGGGAUAUACUUGUACAACACCAUAGAGAC